AUGGUAGUAAUUGGAGACGGGUUACAUAAUUUUAUUGAUGGACUCACUAUUGGUGCUGCGUUUUCCGUAUCAAUUCUGAAUGGUAUCAGUAUAUGCAUUGCAGUUAUAUGUGAAGAGUUGCCACACGAGUUAGGUGACUUUGCAAUUCUGCUGAAUGCUGGUAUGAGUGUAAAAAAAGCGUUGACGUACAAUUUCCUGUCUGCCUGUAUGUGUUAUCUUGGUUUGGUAUGUGGUAUAUUACUAACUCAACAUACAGAUGCCGCCGACUACAUCUUUGCUUUAGCGGCUGGAAUGUUCCUCUACAUUUCACUGGUGGAUAUGUUGCCGGAGAUCAAUUCAGUGGAGGAAGACGAGGAGAAUAUUUCUGACAGAAAACAAGCCAAGAUAUUUGUAAUUCAAAAUUGCGGUCUUCUUCUUGGCUGGGCAAUCAUGAUAAUACUUACUUUUGUUGAAGCACAUUUACAGUUAGAUGAAUAG